ACCCAGGCCCCUGGUAGCAGGUUGCAGUUGACAGCCUCAAAGCUCCUGACUAUCUGGACCACUGCAGAGGACACCUUUCCCGGCUACCCCACUCUGAGCUCCAGACGCCAUGAAUCCUCCCUCUACAAAGGUGUCCUGGGCCACCGUGACGUUGCUGCUGCUGCUGCUGCUGCUGCCGCCGGCAUUGCUGUCGCCCGGGGUGGCCGCGCAGCCCCUGCCCGACUGCUGCCGUCAGAAGACGUGCUCCUGCCGCCUCUACGAGCUGCUGCAUGGAGCGGGCAAUCACGCGGCCGGCAUCCUCACGCUGGGCAAGCGGCGGCCCGGGCCCCCGGGCCUUCAGGGCCGGUUGCAGCGCCUCCUGCAGGCCAGCGGCAACCACGCGGCCGGCAUCCUGACCAUGGGCCGCCGCGCAGGCGCAGAGCCAGCGCCGCGCCCCUGCCCCGGGCGCCGGUGUCCCGCUGAGGCCGCCUCGUCUGUCGCUCCCGGGGGACGGUCGGGGGUGUGAGCCCUUGCUUGGGCCCCACCCUGGCCCUGCCCUCUCUCCUUUGCCCCCCUGUUGUCAGCCCGCAGAAACAGGGCAAUAAAGACGAGUCUCCCUCCGU